AUGACCCUUGAGCCAUUCUUUUUAUCACAGCUGGCCAGCGUGGAUCGAUCGCCUUGCUUUCUGCCCAGAUGUUCCCUUUAUUGGUAUCUUGAUACGGUACGAAUGAUAAUCUUCACUCGGAUAACCUAUUUCAUUCAUCAGUACUUGGACACCGAAAUGCUGACCUUCCUUCCUCCGCGCCUUUCAACCGGGUAUAACCAUUCUCGUCUCCUGGAAGAUGGUUCGGUAGCGGAGCAUAUAUUAUGUAAAAUUUACUCGCAAUUACGGCUUGCAACCCUGCAGCGGGCGCUCAAUGCAGGGUACAAAAAGGUUGGGCUGGAUGAUGAUGGCCAAAAACUCUGCCAAACCCCGCGCCGGAGACGAGGAUCUAGGGGAGAGGAGCUUCUCGGCUAA